AAAAAUAUCUCUACCCACACGGUUGUUCUUUUUCCCCAAAAGUUGUGAUGGCGACGAAGCCGAAACUCCAGCCACUCUCAGCACGCCGUUCCUCGCCGCGUACUCGCUCCGGAGCUGUGCCAGAACCUAUUUCCACACCCAAUUCCGACGAGAUUCCCCGCACGCCGUUCUCCUCCAAGGCCAUCACACCCUUAAGCGGAACCCAAGAGUCCGUCUCUUUGUCCGAGUGGUGGCUAAAAAGGAAGGCAAACGGUAAAGGUUUAGGUGUUGAAGGCUUCGGAACAAUAGGAGAAUCUACAGUGACCCAACGCUUCUCAUUAGCAACAAUCUCAACAAGACACGACAUAACCACUCUCGAAACAUCGGAUGCGGUUACUGUCUCUCUCAGUGGAAUCAUCGACCAAUCUCUUUCUGUAGAAAACGGGGUUUCAUCUGAGGUUUGCAAUCGUUUUCUCUUAGGGUUUCCAUGUGACUGGAAAGACUACAUCGAAGAAGGGUUCGUGGAGGAGGAGAAAGAUUACGGCGUUUCCUUUUCUGAUAUUCCUGUGAAUAGGAUGGAUGAUGUUCUGGCUACUGCUUCUCCUUGCUUUCUAGAUGAGAUCAUGGGUUAUGCCGUUGACAAUCUAAGAGAUUUAUUGCAUCCUGGUGGUACUGGGAAACCAGACAAGGAGCGACACAAGGCAAGAAAGGAGUGUGAGAGGUCAGUCAAGGAAUGUCGGACACCAAGAAGGGAUGGUGGAGAUGAGAAGCGUUUGGUUCUGAGUGAUGAGGGAGUGAAGACUAGAGGGAUGCUAAGAAGCAGAGAAGAGGAUGAAACUGAACGGCACAAGAAGCCAAGAAAGGAGUGUGAGAGCUCAGUCAAGGGGACACCAAGAAGGGAUGGUGGAGAUGAGAAACGUUUGGUUCUGAGUGAUGAGGGAGUGAAGACUAGAGGGAUGCUAAGAUGGAGAGAAGAGUGUGAAGCUGAACGGAACAAGCCAAGAAAGGAGUGUGAGAGGUCAGUCAAGGACUGUCGGACACCAAGAAGAGAUGGUGGAGAUGAGAAGUGUUUGGUUCUGAGUGAUGGGUGAGUGAAGACUAGAGGGAUGCUAAGAAGCAGAGAAGAGUAUGAAGCUGAAUCGUCCAAGAAGAAGAGAGUUAGAGAUCAAGAGAGGAGAAAGAAGUGUGAGAGGUCAGUCAAGGAAUUUCGGACACCAAGAAGUGAUGGUGGAGAUGAGAAGCGUUUGGUUCUGAGUGAUGAGGGAGUGAAGACUAGAGGGAUGCUAAGACGCAGAGGAGUGUGAAGCUGAACGACUCAGAUCGUCCAAGAAGAAGAGAGUUAGAGAUCAAGAGAGGAGAAAAAGGUGAAAAACUUUCUACUGAGUUAGCUUCUGUAACGUUUUUGGAUUGUUUUCUAUUUCUAUCCAAGACAACAUUGUAAACAAGCAAGAAAUGUGACAUUUCUUUAUUUAUGUCUUGCUAUUAUAUUGUCCACAGAAACAUCUUAGAAUUAGUUUUGGUGGGAAAAUGGCCAAUUCCACCAUAAACUUAAUUUAUAGCUCCCUGUUUUUUCAAGACCAUAUGAAUCAU